AUGCCCAAACAAGUCCGCCUGAGGUCACUUUCGACUCCUGCGGCCACCACAAUAUGGCGUUUGCUCAAACUCGAGAUCCAGGGCAGCAGUGAGCCGGAUGUGCGCGACAAGCAGCAGCGACGCGAGCGCACCGUGUCCAGCAACGAAUCGUACGAAUCCAUUGUGAACAUGCUCCGAAUGCCGUUUCAGUUAGAGAAGUUUAUGUGUUUCGGCCUUCUUUCGUGCUUGAACCUGUUUCUCUCGUUCUUCAGCAUCUUCCCGCUCCGUUUGGCGAUUAACGUGGCGGCCUUUCCGCGCGUGGCAUACGCAAAGCUCGCGGGCCAUGAAGCCGCCGUUCCGCUCGCGUACACCAAAAACCUCCAGAACGACUGCAUCUCUACAGGACUCAUCUGGGCGUCACUUCACAUUCUCUUCUGCCAGCUCGACUUGUCAAAAAUAUAUCACGGAAUCCGCGGGGAGGCCGCUAUCAAGCUCUACGUGAUCUUUGGAGUGCUUGAAGUGGCGGACAAGUUGUGCUCCUCCCUCGGACAGGAUAUCUUGAGCAUCUUGUUCAAUUACGAUCUCUGGGACAUGGAGGAUGCUUUCCGCGAUAAGCGAAAGUUUUGCGUGCAGACGCUUAAAUUCAUGGGCUUUUUUGCGGGCGCCGUUGUGUACGUCGUCAUCCACAGCUCCAUCUUGAUCUACCAGACAAUCUCGCUUAAUGUGGCAGUCAACUCUUACUCCAACGCGUUGCCCACGCUCCUUCUUUCGCUCCAGUUUGCGGAAAUCAAGUCCACGGUGUUCAAGAAGUUUGAGCGCGAGUCGUUGUUCCAGGUUACCGUUGCGGACCUCGUGGAACGCUUCCACUUGUUCAUCAUGCUCACCAUCAUCGUUCUCCGAAACCUCUGUCAGCUCAACAUUUCCAGCAGCACCAGCCUAGGGUUGAUCCCCAGCUCGUGGCUCUCUGCCAACUCCCCAUACCAGUGGCUCAACGUGGUGGUAUCCCCAAUGUUGGUCGCAAUGGGCUCUGAGGUGGGUGUGGACUGGUUAAAGCACUCGUACAUUACCAAAUUCAACCGCAUCCGUCCGCGGGUAUACAAGCGCUUUUUGUACGUAAUCAGCUUGGACUUUAUCACCAUGACGUUUAAGAAUAACAAGGCUGCGGGGGACGAUUAUCUGGUGAUCUAUCUCAACAAGCGGCUAGGACUACCCCUUGUGUCGUUGUUAGUGUUGUUUUUGCGCAUGACCAUGCCUCUAGUGGCGUCUCUGGGCUCGUGGUAUGGUUAUCUUGUAGCCCCGGCUGUUAUCUUUGCCCUUGUGUUGUUUGCCAAGCUUAUUUUAAGCAUUUGUUUACUCCGGUGGGCUAAUUCGAUCAACAGGGCGGCGAUGGUUCUGAAUUCAGCUCAAACACCAUCUCAAACACCAUCUCAAACACCAUCUCAAACUUCAUUUCAAGCUUCAUCUCAAGUUCUUUUAUCUCAAAGUUUGGACGAAGAUUCGAUCUUGCGAUCUCGUCACCCUCAGACAACCCGUUCACCUAUCCGGUCGCUUUUCCUUGAGGCCAGCACCCCUGCUAGAAACCUCUAUGACACCUUGCACACGGUAACCCAUCACCGCAGCGACGAAGAUGACGUAGAGAUCCUUCAAGACUUUGCCCCGGGAAUCCCGAACACGCUGUUAAACGAGAUUAAUCCGCUGUUUCGGGCCGAGUUGUAUGAGAAUGAGAGAAUCCCGCCUAACAAGGCGGAAUUGCGCACCCAAAAAGUGGUUAACUCGGCACGGAAAGGGCGCGAAGAGCGCGGGGGGCGAAAAGAGCGUGAGGGGCGAGAGGAGAGCUCGAAACACAACACGGACGACUUGGAAAGUGUGCGGAGAUACGACAUGGUGGGGAAGAAUAUUUGGUAG